GACCAUCGAAUAAAACGAAUCCCUUGUGAGGUUUUCUUUAAUUAUCAAGCCGAGGGAUUGUGUGUUUCCGUUUGUCUCGGCGUCUGGAAGAACCGCGAGUUCACAGAGAUGGGCAAGCCACUAGGUGUUUGAGCGAUGCGUUCUCAGACCGAAGGAAACAAGGGAGAGCCCAUUAACAACUGAGGGUGAUGUAAAUCGUCUUCCAGCUACACCGGGUCCAUGAUCUCGCCAAAGAUGGUAGCAGCGCACAGUUCUGCCCAUUCUUCCGCGUCCGCAGAAUGGAUUAUUUGCCUUGAUAAGAGGCCCGCAGAAAGAUCCGGGGAAGAUGUGGACAUCAUUUUAACCCGGCUGAAAGAAGUGAAGGCCUUCGAGAAGUUCCACCCCAGCCUCCUCCAGCAGAUCUGCCUGUGCGGCUUCUACGAAUGCCUGGAGAAAGGGAUCACCCUGUACCGGCAGGGGGACAUCGGAACCAGCUGGUAUGCCGUCCUGUCCGGCUCGCUCGAUGUCAAAGUGUCCGAGACGGCCAACCACCAGGACGCGGUCACCAUCUGCACACUGGGGAUCGGCACGGCGUUCGGGGAGUCCAUCCUGGACAACACGCCCCGCCACGCCACCAUCGUCACCCGGGAGUACAGCGAGCUGCUCCGCAUCGAGCAGAAGGAGUUCAAGUCUCUGUGGGAGAAAUACCGUCAGUGCAUGGCUGGACUCCUCGCCCCUCCCUAUGGUGUUAUGGAAAGUGGACCAGGCAGUGACAGAAUGCCAGACAAAGAGAAUAUGAGCAAUAAUGCCUUGCCUAAGAACCUGAACAAGACCCCACUCAUUGAAAGUCAAGCCAAACCACGCCCUAAAUCCAUUCUCCAGGUUCCAUCUGAGAAAAUCCUGAGGGCAGGAAAGAUUCUGCGCAACGCCAUCCUGUCCAGAGCCCCCCACAUGAUCCGGGACAGAAAGUACCAUUUGAAGACGUACAGGCAGUGCUGUGUGGGCACAGAGCUGGUGGACUGGCAGAUGCAGCAGAGCCCCUGUGUUCACUCUCGAACCCAGGCCGUGGGCAUGUGGCAGGUGCUGCUGGAGGAGGGAGUCCUCAACCACGUGGACCAGGAGCACAACUUCCAAGACAAAUAUCUGUUCUACCGUUUCCUGGACGACGAACGGGAAGACAUGCCCCUCCCCACUGAGGAGGAGAAGAAGGAGAGUGAGGAGGAGCUGCAGGAUACCCUCCUCCUCCUGUCCCAGAUUGGCCCUGAUGCCCACAUGCGCAUGAUCCUCAGGAAACCGCCAGGCCAGAGAACAGUGGAUGAUUUAGAAAUUAUAUAUGAGGAGCUUCUCCAUAUAAAGGCCUUAUCGCACCUCUCCACCACUGUGAAGAGGGAGUUAGCGGGUGUGCUGAUAUUUGAGUCCCACGCCAAAGCAGGAACAGUGUUGUUUAAUCAGGGGGAAGAGGGGACUUCAUGGUACAUCAUCCUGAAGGGAUCAGUUAACGUCGUCAUCUAUGGGAAGGGCGUCGUGUGUACGCUGCACGAGGGCGAUGACUUCGGGAAGCUGGCCCUGGUGAACGACGCCCCGCGGGCCGCCUCCAUCGUCCUGCGGGAGGACAACUGUCACUUCCUGCGGGUGGACAAGGAGGACUUCAACAGGAUCCUGCGGGACGUGGAGGCCAACACAGUGCGUCUGAAGGAGCAUGAUCAGGAUGUGCUGGUCCUGGAGAAGAGCCCCAGCAACAGCCGAAACUCCAGCCAUGGAAGCACACCCUCCCACUACAAGUACACUGUGAUGUCAGGAACUCCAGAGAAGAUCCUAGAGCACUUCCUGGAGACAAUGCGUCUGGAUUCCCAGUUCACAGAGUCAGAUCCCGCCCUGGAUGACUUUGUCCUCAUGCACUGUGUCUUCAUGCCCAACAGUCAGCUGUGUCCUCUGCUCAUGGCACACUACAACGCCCAGGCGUCUCAGGGCUCGGAGCAGGAGAGGCUGGACUACGCCCUGAACAACAAGCGGCGGGUGACCCGCCUGGUGCUGCAGUGGGCCACCCUGUGCGGGGAUCACCUCCAGGAGGAGGAGACCUCAGUGGCCUUCCUGGAGGAGUUCCACGUGUCUGUGUGCGAUGACUCCAGGGUGAUCCCAGCUCUGAAAGAGCUGCUCCCAGAACUGGAGAAGGUCGUUAAACACAAUUCUGACGAGGCAAAAUCCUCCCAGAAAAAGCGCAAGGUCCUGCUGCGGCAGUUCAGCAUGGGAGACGAGAGGCUGCAGAAGCGCCAGCCAAUCAGGAGCAGCGAUGAGAUCCUGUUCAAAGUGUACUGCGCCGACCACACCUACACCACCAUCCGGGUGCCGGUGGCCGCCUCGGUGAGGGAGGUGCUCAACGCCGUGGCUGACAAGCUGGGGUCAGCAGAGGACCUCCUGCUGGUCAGCCUCAGUUCAGCCGGAGACAAGGUGGUGCUGAAGCCCAAUGACAUUUCGGUCUUCUCCACGCUCAGCAUCAACGGACGUCUGUUCGCCUGCCCCAGGGACCAGCUGGAUUCACUGACACCACUGCCAGAGCAGGAAGGACCUACUACAGGAACCAUGGCUAGCUUUGAGCUAAUGAGCUCCAAAGACCUAGCUUACCAGAUGACCGUCUAUGACUGGGAACUCUUCAACUGUGUACACGAGCACGAGCUGAUAUACCACACGUUUGGGCGACAGAACUUCAGGAAGACGACGGCCAACCUGGACCUGUUUCUGCGCAGGUUCAACGAGCUGCAGCUGUGGGUGAUCACAGAGGUGUGUCUGUGCGCCCAGCUCAGCAAGCGUGUGCAGCUGCUCAAGAAGUUCAUCAAGAUCGCAGCGCACUGUAAAGAAAACAAGAACCUGAACUCCUUCUUUGCCAUCAUCAUGGGCAUGAGCAACCCAGCCGUCAGCAGACUGAGCCAGACGUGGGAGAAACUUCCCAGCAAGUUCAAGAAGUUCUAUGGGGAGUUUGAAAGUUUAAUGGACCCGUCUCGAAACCACCGGGCGUACAGGCUCACCGUGGCCAAACUGGACCCGCCCAUAAUCCCCUUCAUGCCCCUCCUCAUCAAAGACAUGACUUUCACUCACGAAGGCAACAAGACGUUCAUUGACAGUUUGGUCAAUUUUGAAAAAAUGAGGAUGAUCGCAAACACGGUGAGGAUAGUGAGGUACUGUCGGAGCCAGCCAUUCAGCCCAGACGUGUCCCAGGCCAGUAAGAACCACCAGGACGUGCGGAGCUACGUGAGGCAGCUGAAUGUGAUUGACAACCAGAGGACUCUGUCCCAGCUCUCCCAUAGGCUGGAGCCCCGCAGGACCUGAGCUGUCCCGCCCUCCCCCCAAACAAUGGCGCUGCCUAGCAACCACACAAUACUCACGCUGCUGCUCCACUGCCAAGACAUGACCGUGCUCGAUGUGUUACAUACCAACUCCGAGGCGGCUCCACAGGGGUCUCCUAUCAGAAAACGCCAACUCAGAGACAACCGUGAACCCCUGACCGCAUCAGAGACUAGCGCAAACCUCUGGCCGCAUCUGCGAUGAACCAUACACCCCUGAGCACAUCAGAAACUCCAGUUCACACAUCAGAGACUACCACACACUCUUGACAGCGCCUAAGACACCCCUUCACCUCUGACCACUUCAGAGGCUUCCUUGAAUCCCUGACCGAAUCAGAGACUGCCAUAAAACUCUGACUACAUCACAGACGACUGGACACCCCCGACCAUAUCAGAGAUGACUGUCUGCCCCAGACAGCAUCAGAGAAGUCUGUACACCCCUGACCACAUCACAGAUGACCACACAUCCCUGAGCAAACCACAGACGACCGCACACCCCUGACUCCAUGUCCAUAUGUGAGUUGUUUCCUCAAAGAAAGCAGUGCCCUCCGAUGCCAGUAUUCAGAAGCAUUCCUGUCCUUUUUCUGUCCUUCGUCUUUUCUGUCAUGUUCAGCAACCUUUUCCUCUGCUUAUGUGUAACAGCGCCCCUCAGAUAUUCUCACUUACACUUUCGAACACAGCCGGGUGCUGUUGAAGGGUAUUUCCUGUCUAAGCAUUCUGUCAUUUUUUUAAUUUCCUAAAUGACUUUACUUAUGUAAAGUCUUACUGGUCUUAAGAAUGACGUUAUCGCUAUAUAUGACAAAGUCGAAUUCCCCCAUUAUGAAGUUAAUCCAUUAAUCAAUAACUUAAAAACUGUCAGGAGAGGUAACAAAUGUAAAACACAAAUGUUCUAUAAAUGCAUUUACAACCUUUCCUGAAGACAGACAUUUGUAACAUAAUUAUGUAACGAUGUUAAAAUUGCUCCAACAGGGAGUUUUCAUCACAGCAUUUAGCCUAUGGGAGUUAUUAAGGACCGUCCAGGAAGUAUCAAAUAUCUGAAACUACAAAUGCUCUUCUGUCCUUUACAGUGAUAUUUUAUUAUGAACAUUUAAACUUUGUAUGCCUUAAUUUGUUCUGGCAGGACAGAAUUUUCUUUUGCUUGUUUGGCUUUUUUCCAGAACUGGAAUCCUGGUGUUCAUCUAAGCAUUCAGCACUGUUCCUGUGGUUUUGUAAAUGAAUUUAUAUUUAUACAUAUUUGAGUUUGUGUGACUGUUAUCUUACACAUAUGAUGUAAAUGGUUUUAAUUUAUUAUUUCUGACCUCAGCAUGCAAUGAAUUUUAAAGUUUAGAGGAAAACACUAAAUGCUGCUCCUCAUGAAUAGUCUGUGAGGUACAGUGUCA